AUGGUGGCAGACCGUACCCGCAUGAUCCCAUCAGCACCCACCAUUGAAAUCUGGGGUCGCGGUUUGGAGCUCAUGCACCACUACACACUAGCCACCGCCGACUCACUAGCCGUCCGUCCUGACAUGCAGUACGUGUGGCGCGUGAAUCUCCCGGAAAUCGGGUACGCGUGCCCUUUCGUCAUGCACGGCAUCCUCACCUUGUCUGCUUUACACAAGGCGUACUUGAUACCCCCAGAACGGGAGACGUAUCUUGACCUCGCAACGGCACACCAAAAUGCUGGCCUCGAGGGGUUCCGGUCCGAGCUGCACAACAUCAACGACACCAACUGGCAAACGUUCUUCAGCUUCGCCUCCAUUGUAGUCAUGUACGUGUCCUCCGUACCCGUGCGCAUGGGGAACGAAACGGAAACCAUUCCGAAUAUCUUGGAGUUGUUUCUGUUUGUGAGGGGUAUUCGUGCGGUGCUCGAGCCAUAUCAGGGACGCCUGACCAAAACCAAGUUUGCCGCCUUGGUGCACGAGCUCGGAACCUUCUUCCAAGAAACCCUCAGCGAAGACUGCCGCGACGAGUAUCUCAAGGCCGUAGAGGAGCUCGAAAAGGCCAUCUACUUCAUGGCACAUGCCGGUACCAACGUCGAGGUGGGCAUGAUUCUCUUCUGGCCCUACGUCAUCUCAGAGAACCUCAUGGCGGAUAUUCAGGCGCAGAACCCGUUCAGUAUGGUGCUUCUGUCGUACUUUGCGAUCCCUCUGUGCGUGUUGGAGCAGAGGUAUUGGUUCUUGCAGGGGUGGAGUCGGAGGCUGUUCGAGGUUACGGAUACUGUUCUGGCGGAGCAUCCUGCGUUGCUGGAGAUGGUGAAGUGGCCGCGGAGGCAGGUAUUUGAGCUUUACGGGCCGAUAUGA